AUGCAGUGUCAUCAUUUAAAACGUAAUCAUAAGAAGUGUAUAUUUGGCCAACUACAACUGGACUAUUUGGGUCACAUCAUUUCCAAGGAUAGUGUGGCUGUAGAUCCAACUAAAGUGGAAGCUAUGACCAAUUGGCCAUUUCCAAAAAAUGCCAACGCUUUGAGGAGAUUUUUGGGGUUAACCAGAUAUUAUAGAAGAUUUGUUAAAGGGUUUGGUCAAACUGCCAAACCUCUAACACAGUUAUUAACUAAGGAGGAAUUUUGCUGGACGCUUGAGGCUCAACGGGCAUUUGACGCAUUAAAGGGUGGUGUUUCUAAAUUGCCAGUAUUGGUUGUUCCACAUUUUUCCAAAUCUUUCACCUUGGAAACAGAUGCAUCUAUCAAAGUAUUGAGGGUUGUUUUAUUGCAAGAGGGUCGGCCUUUGGCCUUUGGCCUUUUGAAGUCAAGACUUUUCCGAUAG